AGAAACUCCCUCAUGGAGUCACCAAUGCAAACAAGGAGGGGGUGCUAAAGAAAGGCUCAACUACACAGAAAGCAAGAGAUGAGCCCAAGGAUUCCCCUUCCAAAGCAGUUUUCAUGUUUUGGGCUGACAAAGUGAACAGCAGCAAAAAACCUACCUUCCAAAAGUCACCCGUGACUGCAGGAAGAUGCUCUUCAACCCAGCAUCCCAAGGAAGGGAUUAGCAUCUUGGGAGGAGAGAAGCAGGCUAAAAGUCCCCAGAGAAAGACCAGGAGAGAAUUCUUCUCUGACUCGAAGGUUUUCAGCCACAUAGACACCCACGUCCUACACGUGAGCCAGCAGCUGAAGUCCGGGCACUCCACAUUAUCCAUCCAGGCCAUCGUUCCCUUGAUCACUGCUCAAUCCCAGAGCAAACUGGAGACACUGCGGGCAAUAUGGUUCUGGCUCUGCCACAACAUUGAAUAUGAUGUGGAUGGAUUCUUGGGACUGUCUCAGAAGAUUCACAUGCCAGAGGAGGUCCUGCAAACAGGAAGAGCGGUGUGCUCUGGUUAUGCCCAUUUGUGCCAGGAAAUGUGCAGGGAAGCAGGAUUGAGCUGCGUGCAGGUCCCAGGGUUUGGCCGGAUACCGGGAUCCCGUGGAGGCCGGUGGUGCCAGCAGCAGAAGAGCAGCCACAUGUGGAACGCGGUGGAGCUGGAAGGACAGUGGUGCCUCCUGGAUGCUUGCUGGGGCGCAGGGACCGUGGAUGCAGAGAACGGGUUGUUCAUGCCCAAGCAUGAUGACUUUUUCUUCCUUACUGACCCUGAGCACUUCAUUGAGACCCACUGGCCAGAGGACCCCCAAUGGCAGCUUCUGCAGCCCCCGGUCUUGCAGGAAGACUUUGAGCAGAGAGUGUUUAAAACAUCAGAGUUUUUCAGACUCCAGCUCUCCCUCCUUUCUCCAAACACUUCCCUCCUCCAAACAGCCCAUGGGGAGGUGUCAGUGACGCUGGGGAGCAUGCACCCAACAGAGUUCACCUACCAGCUCUCCAGACUCCAGGGUACCACAGCCGAAGAGGAUGUAAGCGCAGAUCAUGGGAUGAUGGUGAUGUCCGAGCACAGGAUGACCAUCAGGGUGACUCCCCCAACCGAGGGCCUGUUUGACCUCAUGAUCUUUGCUCGUCAUGCUGACUCUCGGGAUGCUUACAACUGGGUGUGCUCCUAUCAGAUCCAGUGCCUGGAGCCACACAAUGGAGAGAAACUGCCCGAAAACCCUUUUCAUUUCUGGGGGCUUCACCAAAAGCUGAGAGAUUUUGGCAUCAAGGAGAGCAGCCACAAAGGGGAGCUGCUUGUUGCAUCAGAGGGAGCUUUGCUCUUGACUCUCCAGACAUCCCGACCCUUGCUUGCUAUGUAUGAGCUGGUUAAUAAAGACUUAGACACUGCUUUGAGCAAGAAAUGCCUGGCUGCUCAAGCUGAGGAGGACAAGCUCAGUUGCCACGUGCUCUGCCCUUUCCAGGGUUACUACCGGCUCUCUGUGUUCGUGAAGGAUGUAGGAGGCAUCACAUUCAGGAACGUGGCCAAUUUCCUCAUGUGCUGCUCAAGGCCCAUCAACCAGAACGAGCUCUUCCCCUUGGGGCUGAGCACGCAUUGCGGGAGCGGGAUCAGCUCCAGCAGCCAUGGCCUCUCCAACCCCAGCCAUUCAGCCCCCAUCAUCACCACCAAGGUGGGGAAGUGCAACAUCACCUUCCACACGACCGCUGAUGUCGAGGUGGCCGCCAGCUUGAGUAAGGACAAAGUCAUCAGCACCAAGUACCCGUUGGAGAGAUACGUCCUGGUCACCCACCUAAGGACUAAAGUCAGUGUGUGUGUUGUGCUCCCUGAGUCAGGCAUCUAUAAAGUGGGGCUUUAUGGGAGAAGCAAGGACCACAAGGACUUUGUCCAUGUUUGUGACUAUGUUGUACGCUGCUUCUCUGAUCCCAGUUGGCCUCCCUUCCCCAAGGUCUACAGCUUAUGGAGGACAGGGUGCGUGUUGCUAGAGCCACGCACAGGGGUGCUCCAAGAGCAGAGCUGGGUCCGGUUCAGGGUCAAGGUACCAAAAGCCAACCAAGCUGUGGUCAUUGGGCAAGAGAAGACGGUGCUGCAGCAGGCCACGAACAUGGUGUGGGAAGGGGAUGUGCUCACUGGGGCUGCAGGGACACAGGUCAAACUGGCCGCCAAGUUCAACCAGCACUGCUCUUCCCUGGAGGUCCUCCUGGUGUUUGAGGUGGGAGAUAGCUCAAAUGCUGCCCUUGGGUGUUCGGGGUAAACCAGGGAAGUGAUGGAAAGGGCUAAAAAAGCCAGGGAAGGAAACAAACGCUCUCAAAACAAGGAUGUUGAGGAGAUGGGGGCAAAACUCCCAGAACUUUACAGCGUGUCAGGGUGAAACCAGCAGAGCUUUUCUUCCCACAGGAUAUCCAGAUACUCACUGGGACCUCCUAUCCCACUCCGAGCUGUUGCCGCCGUAUAAAUCAGCCGCAACAUAUGGAAGGCUCCUAAUAUUUUGCUUCUGUCUGAGGAGACCAUUGUUCAGCUUCUCUACAGGAAGGAUGUCUCACUGCUUAUUACCAGCUUGAAUAAUUGCUUGGAAUGUUGUACUUGACGUUGAUUCAAGAACUUGGAAAGCCGCGUGGUUUCUUU